CCCGCCCGCCGCGUCACCUUAUCAUCCGCCGCACCCCCGAAGGGAACUCCAAGGCCCCCAAAAACCCAGCCCACUUGGCUCGUCGAAGCGGGGGGCUUUUCUGCACUGCACUGCACAGCACUGCACUGCCUCAGCUCUGCCUUUCGCCGUCGUCCUUGUCAUCGUCGUCGUCAACGCCAAUCCACACUACGCUACAUCUCACCAGCAAAAGCAUCCUUUUGCUGCAUUCCCGUCCCUAUUGUUUUCGAUAAUCCAUUCCGUCGUAUCGCCGCGACCGGUCACUCUCAAACGUCAUCCGCGAAUCGUCCUCGUCUAACCCCUCAUUUGUUCCAAGAACGAACGACCUUGUUCUGAGCACGCCAGAUAUUUUGGGAGUCGACACCGUUGUCGCUGGCUAUCCCGCGACGAAAUGAGUUCCUCCCGCAAUGAUGCCGGGCAGCCCAACCGCAAGCCCAACCUCCGAGUAACGAUUAUCGCUGCUGAUGGCUUGUACAAGCGAGAUGUCUUCCGGUUUCCGGAUCCCUUCGCCGUCAUCACCGUCAACGGAGACCAGACCAAGACUACGAGUGCACAGAAGCGGACAUUGAACCCAUACUGGAACGAGAGCUUCGACCUCAACGUGAACGAAGACACCAUUCUCGCGGUUCAGGUAUUUGACCAGAAGAAGUUCAAGAAGAAGGACCAAGGUUUCCUUGGUGUAAUCAACGUUAGGAUUGGCGAUGUGAUUGAGCUGGCACCGGACGCUGAUGACCAAAUGCUCACGCGAGACCUCAAGAAGUCGACCGAUAACCUAGUUGUGCACGGAAAGCUGAUCGUAAAUCUGUCAACAAACCUUACCACACCAGCGCGGGCUGGGCAAGCAUCAUCCAGCCGUCCCUCACUUGUUCCGCCUGCUCAAGGGUCCAGCCUUUCGACGCUCUCGGCCCCGACGGCUGACGCUAGACCCGGCUCGGCCAUGGGUGUUCCGAAUGGCGGCCCAGCUCCUGGUUCUCAAGUAAACCUGCCGCACCGACCUGCGAGUAUGACUUCCACCGGCCCUCCUCCGGCCGCGAAUGGCGGGCCGCCUCCGGCACGCAACUCUAGCACAUUGAGCCCCUUUGAAGAUGCGCAAGGGCGCUUGCCGGCCGGUUGGGAACGCCGAGAGGAUAACCUUGGCCGUACAUAUUACGUUGAUCACAACACAAGAACUACUAGCUGGAACAGACCGACCGUUGCCGGGGCUGUGGAACAGAGGAACGAUCGUGAAGCCGCAACCCAAGUGGAGCGCCAGAGACAUCAGAACCGAACCCUCCCCGAGGAUCGAACCGGCGCGAACUCCCCGACUUUGCAAGCUCAGCAAGCAGCCGCUCAAAGCGCAAACAACGCUACGAUGAUGCACACUGGAGCGACAAGCCCGGGCACUGGCGAGCUGCCGCCUGGUUGGGAACAGAGAUGGACUCCUGAAGGCCGCCCGUAUUUCGUGGACCACAACACCCGUACGACUACCUGGGUUGACCCCCGCCGCCAGCAGUACAUCCGUAUGUACGGAGGCCAAAACGCAACCAACGGCACCAUCCAGCAACAGCCCGUUUCUCAGUUGGGACCUCUGCCAAGCGGUUGGGAGAUGCGUCUCACGAACACUGCUCGAGUGUAUUUCGUGGACCACAACACAAAGACCACAACGUGGGACGAUCCCCGUUUGCCGUCAUCCCUGGAUCAGAACGUACCACAGUACAAGCGAGACUUCAGGAGAAAGCUCAUUUACUUCCGCUCGCAACCUGCGAUGCGCAUCCUUUCCGGACAAUGCCACAUCAAGGUGCGGCGUUCUCAUAUUUUCGAGGACUCCUUUGCAGAAAUCACUCGGCAGUCUGCUACCGAUUUGAAAAAGCGACUUAUGAUCAAAUUCGAUGGCGAGGAUGGUUUGGAUUACGGUGGUCUCUCCAGAGAGUUCUUCUUCCUCCUCUCCCACGAGAUGUUCAACCCGUUCUACUGCCUGUUCGAGUACUCCGCCCACGACAACUACACCCUUCAAAUCAACCCCCAUUCCGGUAUCAACCCCGAGCAUUUGAACUACUUCAAGUUCAUUGGUCGCGUUGUUGGCUUGGCGAUUUUCCAUCGUCGUUUCCUCGAUGCCUUCUUCAUCGGUGCUCUGUACAAGAUGAUACUGGGCAAGUCGGUCGUCCUAGCCGACAUGGAAGGUGUGGAUGCCGACUUCCACCGCUCUUUGCAGUGGAUGUUGGACAACGACAUUUCUGGAGGAAUCCUCGAGCAGACAUUCUCCACCGAAGACGAGCGUUUCGGUGUCAUGACUGUGGAGGAUCUCAUCCCCGGCGGUCGUGACAUCGAUGUGACGAACGAGAACAAGAAGGAGUACGUCGACCUCAUGGUGAAGUGGAGAAUCGAGAAGCGUAUCGCGGAGCAAUUCCAAGCCUUUAAGGAUGGCUUCCAUGAGCUUAUCCCUCAGGACUUGGUCAACGUUUUCGACGAACGUGAGCUCGAGUUGCUUAUUGGUGGUAUCGCCGAGAUCGACGUGGACGACUGGAAGAAGCACACCGAUUACCGUGGAUACACAGAGUCAGAUGAGGUUAUCCAGUUCUUCUGGCAGACGAUCCGUUCGUGGGAUGGAGAGCAGAAGUCGCGUCUACUUCAGUUCGCGACGGGUACAUCGCGUAUCCCGGUCAACGGUUUCAAGGAUUUGCAAGGAAGUGACGGUCCGAGAAGAUUUACAAUCGAAAAGGCUGGAGAGAUUAACAAUCUUCCCAAGGCUCACACAUGUUUCAACCGACUGGACCUACCGCCAUACAAGAGUCUGGAAAUGCUUCAGCAGAAGCUUACAAUUGCCGUUGAAGAGACUAUGGGCUUCGGUCAAGAAUAGAUGCCUCAUACGUCCGAUGGGGCCCAUGUCUUAGCUUAUGCGUCCAAGCAUUUGCAAAAAGGACGACGGAAGCACGCGCCUUCGCCACGUAGUGGCUGGAUCCUCGCCGCUGAAUGUGAGGACAGCAUGUGCAAAGCACAUUGCAUCCAGUACACGUUGGGGU